AAGGGUUUGAUCUCUGCAGUGGGUCCUCUCUUGACUCCUGAGCUCUUCAAGGAGAUCAGCGGCCUCCUUAACAAUGCCAACGAUCUGUUGACUGCGGACUUCGUCAAGCAGAUCAAGAACUUGAUCAACUCGCUUGGCCCUCUACUUACACCUGAACUCUUCAAAGAAAUCAGCUCGCUACUGGAUAAUGCCAACAGCCUGCUGACUAAGGACUUCGUAGACUUGGUCAAGAACCUGCUCAAGGAGGCCGGUCCUCUGCUGAAGCCUGAAUUGUUCAAACAGAUCAGCUCGCUGCUAGACAACGCCAACAACCUGUUGACUCCAUCGUUUGUCAAUGAGACUACAGGCUUGAUUGACACGAUCUCUCCUGUAUUGACACCUGACCUGCUCUUGAAGGUCGGUAGCUUGUUGAACAGUGCUGGCAAAUUGCUGACCGAUGGAUUCGUCGACGAAACCAACACUUUGAUUGGCAAUGCCAACUCUCUCUUGACUAAGAAGUUUGUCAAGGAGACCAGCGAUUUGAUCGACGGCAUUGCACCAGUCAUCACUCCUGAGCUUCUGGGACUUGUUGGUGGUCUCCUUGCAAAUGCCGACUCUCUCUUGACGCCGAAGUUUGUCAAUGAGACUAAGGGCUUGAUUGAUGGCAUCUCGCCCGUCCUUACCCCUGAAUUGCUCACGCAAGUCGGUAGUCUUCUCAAUAACGCUGGCAAGCUCCUGACGAGCGAGUUCAUUGAUGAAACGAAGAGCCUGAUCGGCAAUGUGGCACCUGUCAUUACCCCCGACCUGCUGGAGGGUGUCGGUUUCCUUCUCGGCAACGGAACGAACCUCCUUACCCCCAAGUUUGUCAAUGAGACGAGAGAUCUCAUUGACGGUGUCUCGCCUGUUAUUACCCCAGAGCUACUCGGCGAAGUUGGUGGCCUUCUCGGCAACGCCAACGACUUGUUGACGAAGAAAUUCGUCAAUGAAACACAGAUUUUGAUCGAAGACGCUUCUGAGAUACUGCCUGUCGUGGUGAAGAUUCUGGGUACACUGUGAAGAAUCGAGAGCCACAGUAUAAGGGCUUAUGAUUAACGGACAACGAAUUUACUUUUAAUAAUGCGAGGAUAUUAUCACGUCUUAUGUCGA